CGGGAGCUGUAGUCGCGGGGGGCAGGCGUGGGCCAUGGCGGCGGCCGCGGCCCCGGCGGUCGGCGCGGGGCGCUCGAAGGUGGCCCCGAGCGUGGACUUCGACCACAGCUGCUCGGACAGCGUCGAGUACCUCACCCUCAACUUUGGACCCUUCGAGACCGUGCACCGCUGGCGCCGCCUCCCACCCUGCGACGAGUUCGUGGGGGCCCGGCGCAGCAAACACACUGUCGUGGCUUAUCGGGAUGCGAUCUACGUGUUCGGCGGGGACAACGGGAAGACCAUGCUGAACGAUCUCCUGCGCUUCGACGUGAAGGACUGCUCGUGGUGCAGGGCUUUCACGACGGGGACGCCGCCAGCACCACGGUACCACCACUCCGCUGUGGUCUACGGGAGCAGCAUGUUCGUUUUUGGUGGUUAUACUGGUGAUAUCUAUUCCAAUUCUAACCUGAAGAAUAAAAAUGACCUCUUUGAGUAUAAGUUUGCAACCGGGCAGUGGACAGAGUGGAAGACUGAGGGAAGGUUGCCAGUGGCCAGGUCAGCUCAUGGUGCAACAGUGUACAGUGACAAGCUGUGGAUCUUUGCUGGAUACGAUGGCAACGCAAGAUUAAAUGAUAUGUGGACAAUAGGCCUGCAGGACAGAGAGCUGACCUGCUGGGAAGAGAUUGAACAAAGCGGUGAAAUUCCUCCUUCCUGCUGUAAUUUUCCCGUGGCGGUUUGCAAGGAUAAGAUGUUUGUUUUCUCUGGCCAGAGUGGAGCAAAGAUUACCAAUAAUCUCUUCCAGUUUGAAUUCAAGGAAAAGAUCUGGACACGGAUCCCCACGGAGCACCUGCUGCGGGGCUCGCCGCCCCCUCCCCAGCGGCGCUACGGGCACACCAUGGUGGCCUUCGACCGGCACCUCUACGUGUUCGGCGGCGCUGCCGACAACACGCUGCCCAACGAGCUGCACUGCUAUGACGUGGACUCCCAGACCUGGGAGGUCAUCCAGCCCAGCCCAGACAGUGAGGUGGGUGCAAACAUGGCUGAGAGGGUAUCUGCCCCAGAGGAAGCUCCCACUGUGCUCUUGAGAGAAUGGGGUUUAAAAGAAUCUUGGGAUGUAUUUGGUUUAGAUUUCAGCAUAGCAACAGUAAAACAAGGACCUACAGCAGACUCAGAGUUACCCAGUGGGAGACUCUUCCAUGCAGCAGCGGUUAUCUCAGAUGCUAUGUACAUCUUUGGUGGCACAGUGGACAAUAACAUCAGAAGUGGAGAGAUGUACAGGUUCCAGUUUUCUUGUUACCCUAAAUGCACUCUCCAUGAAGACUAUGGAAGGCUGUGGGAAAACAGACAGUUCAGUGACUUGGAGUUUGUUUUGGGAGAGAAGGAGGAGCGAGUCCGAGGGCACACUGCGAUCGUCACUGCUCGCUGCAAAUGGCUGAAAAAGAAAAUCAUGCAGGCCAGGGAGAGGGUGAAACAGAAAUCUAAGCAAGACAUUGAAGAGGAGGGACACACCACAUGCCAGAAAGAUGGGAUUGGUGGCAAUGUCAAGCUGUGCCGACUGCAGCCACUGCUGGAAGUGCCCAUCCGAGAGGCCGAGGCGCAGCCCUUUGAGGUGCUCAUGCAGUUCCUGUACACAGAUAAGAUAAAGUAUCCCCGCAAAGGUCAUGUGCAGGAUGUGUUACUCAUUAUGGAUGUGUACAAGCUGGCCUUAAACUUCAAGCUCUCUCGGCUGGAACAGCUCUGCCUUCAGUAUAUCGAAGCAUCUGUAGAUCUGCAGAAUGUGCUCAUUGUGUGUGAGAAUGCUAACAAGCUUCAGCUGGAUCAGCUAAAGGAACAUUGCCUGAACUUUGUGGUGAAGGAAUCCCAUUUUAAUCAAGUCAUAAUGAUGAAGGAGUUUGAGCAUCUUUCUUCAUCCCUCAUUGUGGAGAUUGUCCGGAGAAAGCAGCAGCCUCCUGUCCGCACCCACUCUGACCAGCCGCUCGACAUCGGAACAUCUUUAAUUCAGGACAUGAAGGCUUACCUGGAAGGAGCUGGGACUGAAUUCUGUGAUAUCAUCCUGCUCCUGGACGGGCACCCACGGCCAGCCCACAAAGCCAUCCUGGCAGCUCGCUCCAGUUACUUUGAAGCCAUGUUUCGUUCAUUCAUGCCAGAAGAUGGGCAAGUGAACAUUUCUAUAGGGGAAAUGGUUCCCAGCAAGCAAGCAUUCGAGUCCAUGCUUAGAUACAUCUAUUAUGGAGAAGUGAACAUGCCUCCUGAGGACUCCCUAUACCUCUUUGCAGCACCUUACUAUUAUGGCUUCUCCAACAACAGGCUCCAGGCCUACUGUAAGCAGAACCUGGAAAUGAAUGUCACAGUGGAGAAUGUGCUCCAGAUUCUAGAGGCAGCUGACAAGACCCAGGCCCUGGACAUGAAGAGACACUGCCUGCAUAUCAUCGUUCACCAGUUCACCAAGGUCUCCAAGUUGCCAAAUCUCCGCUCGCUCAGUCAGCUCCUCCUCCUUGACAUCAUAGAUUCCUUAGCUACCCACAUCUCAGACAAGCAGUGUGCAGAGCUGAGUGCAGACAUAUGACAUGCCUUGGGAAACCACUUUCUCAUUUGUUCCUGAAAAACACUGGCACUUUAGAGCUGGCUCUGGUUUACUGUUGUGUACAGAGUAGCUCAGUGUCUGCACACUACAGCAGCCCUGGAGGAGCAGGGACAGCUGAGGUGCUCUCUGGAUUUGCUGGGUUUGUACCUUUGUGCAGCGUUUGGACUUUGUUACAUUUGUUACCCAAAUGUAGACUUGAAAUCAUUGCAGGCAUGAAUUAAUUCCACAUGGUUUGGGGAGUUACUAAGUUCAUAAUCAAGCCCAUUAUUACUUUGAUACUGUAACAUCAAGCAGUCAUGAGUAAGAGUCACUAAUCCUUUGAAACACAAUAUUUAAAGAAUACUAUUUAAAGAGCUUCAGCUGACCCAGCCCGAGGGCUGUAAGGGGAAGUCAGAACGAAGCUGGGAACAAGAGCACGUGGUGUUCACAGGGAGACUGGCCCUCGGACCAGAAUGUAGUGACUUUUCAGAGACUCCAUGGUGUGGAUUAACAGAUAAGCCCCUGUGCAGCUGCCUGGAUUGCUGGGCUGCAGGAAUCCAGACCUGUGCUCUGCAGCAGGUCAGACUGGAAGAUUACAGCAGUCCUCUCUGACCACCAAAUCCAUUAAUCCUGUCUUGCUAAGCCUUUCUAAAUCUAUUUAUUAAUAAAGAAUUAACAUCUUCUCCUGGCA